AUGACGAGUCGGCUCUCUUUCCACCUUCAGACCUUGAUUGUGCAGACGGAGGAAGAGCUAUCAUCUGUCGUUCAGCCUUCAGAGGCAGAUUCCUCCAAGACACUCGAGCUCGAAGAUUCGGCCUCCAACACUCCUGAACCUGCGUCGAAAUCGAAGUCUCCUCUCAAUCCUCCUGUAGUGCGAUUUGACGACCAAGUCACCACAAUCUCACCUGUGAAUUCAACCACCAACAUUGCAGGACAGCAGGACAAUCUAGACACAACUGCAGAGCCCAAGCCUCUACUAGGGCGUGUCUCAUCCCAGCCUCUCUCCGCACCGGCCGACGAGGAAGACCCAAACGACUUCGACUUUGACUGGGAAGGUCGACGAGAAUCCAUCAAGGCACGAUCUCUGAGAAACAGAGUGCGUAAGAGAUUCAGCAGCAACAACUCGGAAAGUGAACAGGCCAACAAGUCAACCAUGUCUUCCAAGGGAAACAACGAGCAAGAUGGCGCCGAUUCGCUCCCCGGUCUCAAGAGCAUCGUGUCGACGCUGAAAAAGGUCGGCUCCACUCACAGCAACAACAGCUCCAAGAGUGAAUCGUCGGAGACCACCCAGACACAGCCGUUCGACGACCUCCCAGGAGACCGAGCAGGACUCGAAGCUCGACUCAAUAUCCAUCUCGGCCGGCUUGACCGACUUCGCAACCAAGUCCGACUUUUCAACGAUGUCAUCCAAGACUACUAUGACUACUUCGAAUCCCAGCGCAACAUCCAUAACCUUGCCCCUUCGGUCGAGGCUCCUUUGAUAGAAGAGCUUGAACAGGUCCUUAAGAUGCGUGCCGGCUUCGAGAAGUCUGUCAAAUUCCACCACAAUACGAUCGAUCGAAUUGCAAGAGCGAGAGCGCAGUUGGAUAAGAGCCAGGGCUUGAAAUGCACCGUCUGGGACAUGUACAUGGGAUUCAAGCGUGAGGCCGAAUGGGCACAGCUCUUCGCCUUCUGA